GCGCAUGCGCAUUGUGGAGGAGAGCGAAGGAAGAUUGAGGUCGAUUAAAGGUUUUUCGGAAUUGUAUUCCUAAUUUAUCAGCAAAAAUGCCGCAAGAUUACGAUAAAGAUGCGUAUCCAGAGCCUCCUCGUCAGACUCCAGUGGUGGAUAAGCAAACGGCUCUCCCGAAUCCCGCUUUAAUAUUGUCAAAGCUCUUCUACUACUCUGUCGAUCUGCCAGUGACCACAUUCAGAGGCAUUAUCGAAGGCAUCCAGGGUGAUAAGAAGUCCCACUACUACCAUCAGAACUUUCGUCGGGUAUCUGAGCUGACCGAAUGUCAGGAAGGAGAUUACAUAUGCUACUAUGAGGCUGAGAUGCAGUGGAGGAGAGAUUAUAAAGUGGAUCAGGAGAUCGUGAAGGUGAUCCAGGAGCGUCUCAGGGCCUGUCAGCAGCGCGAGGGACCCAGUUACACACAGAACUGUUCCAAAGAGCUGCAGCAGUUUAAUCAAGUUUCCAAAUGUUUUCAAUCACGCUAUGGAGAUCUGGGCGCAUACGCCAGCUCACGCAAAUGCCUGAUGAAGCAAAAGGAGAGAAUGAUGGCAGAAGCACAAAAUGCAUAAGCAAUGAUUUCCUUAUGUUCAGCUGUUCUUUCAGUUUGGAUCAUCUGUAUAUUAAAGUGUAAAAUAAAGUUUAUUCAAAAGUGA